UUCCCAAAAUCAUAUGUUUUUCGGAAGAUUAGCUCAUCCAAUAUAAAUAUGCAAGUCAACAACUCACUAUUUUAUCAAAGUAGAAUCUUGUCUCACAUGUAAAGUAUUUCCACUAGAAAUAAAUGGUAAGAACAAGAAAAUCAAGAGAAAAACAUAGCACACCCCAAUUGACACAAUAAACUCACAAGCAAGAACUCAAGAACUCUAAGAAGGUAUCUUAGACCCCUCAAACUAGAUUGUGUAUCAUUAAUGAUCCACCAAUAAAAUAAUGACACAAUCCUCACAAGGUUUGAGAAUAACCUCUCAAGCUCAAAAAUCUCACAUUUAAUGGAGAUCACACACGUCUAAUGCAAAGCACUCUAGGUUUCCCAAACCCCUUUUCCCUUGUAUUAGCCUCCAUUUAGAUGAUUCUAAAUUUGAUUUAGCCCCCCAAACAUCUAGAAUAACCCUAGCCCAUUAGGCAAACUUAUCGAGCAAAUCAGAAAACCUGAGCUUGCCCUGCACACAAGGGCUCGAACGAGCUGUUGGGCUCCUAAUGAUUGUAGUAAGUAACGGUCCUGCGAGGUACUUCACCAUCCAUGGCCUUUGGCCUGACUACAAUGAUGGAAGUUGGCCUUCUUGUUGCACCAAGUCAGAUUUUGACAUGAACGAGAUCUCAACAUUGUGCAACGCACUAGACAAGUAUUGGCCAUCUCUAAGUUGUGGCUCAUCAUCAACAUGUCAUGGACAAAAAGGAUCUUUUUGGGCACAUGAGGUGGAAAUGCAUGGGACUUGUGCUUCUCCAGUGAUCCGAGACGAGUAUAAUUUUUUCCUGACAACACUCAAUGUCUACUUCAAACACAACAUCACAGAAGUUCUGAGUGAAGCUGGAUAUGUUCCAUCAAACUCUGAGAAGUAUCCUCUUGGAGGUAUUACUUCGGCUAUUGAGAAUGCUUUCCAUCAAUCACCUUUGGUAGUUUGCUCGGGUGAUGCUAUUGAAGAAGUUCAUUUAUGUUUUUACAAGGAUUUUAAGCCUCGAGAUUGCGCACCUUACCGCGCAAUCAAAGAAAAGGUGGAUUUUUCAAAACCCUCUUGUCCAAAAUAUGUUAGCUUACCAGUUUACAAUUCCUUAGGUAAAAUUAUCUCGGUCGAACGCAAAAGUUGGAUCGUUGUUUUGCUUGUCAUCAUAAUCUGCUUUUAGUAGAUCUUCGUCAAUCAUUACCAUGUUACUUGUGUACUUGAAUGUAAAAUGCUUCAUAUUUCUGCAAACCAGCUUAAUAAAUCAACUUUAGUGGACUUCAAAGGAACCCUAAAAUUGUAUCUACGAGAUCACAUCAAGUCGUCGCAGAAUUGCUGCGACUAAACCUUAAACGCAACCAGUAUCUAAAGAUGUCGACUAAAUCCUGCAAGCAUCGAUCAGACAUAUUCUACGCCAUCGUUAGAUCUUUACUGUCGAGCAGCCAUUUUGCGGAUUAUUUGCAUAUGCAGUGCUUCAAUUGAGGAAUCGCGCCUCUGUAUAACAAAGCGAUGCAUAGCUUUUUUUCUCGACUUCUUGAUCUCGGAAAUGUUUGAUUUUACUCUUAGCAAAUUUCCCAUAAUUUGUUUUUGUGUAGCAAAGUUCGAUGUUGAUAAGAACUCGAACUUAAAAGUACCUAUUUGUAUUUUGACUAGAGGUGUUCAACGGGACGGAUCGACCUAGUGGGUCAAGGGUCGGAUUAUAUUUUAACGAGUCGGGUUACAUUUUAACAGGUCAUUGAUGGGUUGGGUCAAUAGCGGGACGGGUCAUUAACGGGCCUUGAUGCAAAGGGUCGGGCCGGAUAAUAAAAAGAAUUUAUUGUGAAAAAAAGUUACCAAUUUUUUUUUUUAAAUGAUAUUAUUAUAUACAUAAGUGGAUCGAUCUAAUAAGCCAUAAAAUAGAAUAAAAAAAACUAUUUUAUGAACAUUUAAUAAUCGGGUCGAAUUUAAACGGACUUUGGUCCGUCCCGGCCUGUUUAAUAUUUGAAUGACCCAUCCAGCCUCGACCCGACCCGUUGAACGCCUCUAAUUAUGACAUACAGUGUAAAUUUGUAAUGACAUAUAUAUAAAAAUCAACAUACAAUUUAUGAGUCGAAGUUUCAUCUUGUCU